CCGGAGCUGACGCGUCUUCCUGGGGCGGUGCAGCCGGGGAGGCGGCUGGGCCGGGUGCCUUUCCAAAAACCUGGGGUGGUAUCCGGGUCCCGGACAUCAGGAUCUUGUUGGCUUGGGGUUGCAAUCCGGGCGAGCCAUGGUGGUGCUGAAGGGGACAGAUCCUGGCGGUGCAAGAGGAGGCGGCCACCAGGAGCAACCAGGAGCCCCCCUAAACCAGCCCUAUGGAAGGAUCGAGGAUUGUCUCCCGCCGCUGGCCAGCCCCACCACCAAGAGGUUUUCCCCGGCGAAGCGAAAGCAGUACUACAUCAAUCAAGCCAUACGCAACUCGGAUCUCAUCCCCCGGGCCAAAGGGCGCAAGAGCUUGCAGCGCCUCGAGAACACACGUUAUCUGAUGACUCUCCUGGAGCAAGACGAAUGCACAGGGGAAGACGGGGAGAUCGUGCAUCCGGCCAAUCCGAGCAUCUUCACCGAAGCCUGCAACAACAAGACGUACGUCAAGAUUUGGAACGACUUCAUGAACCGCUCCGGCGAGGAACAAGAGCGGGUUCUCUUGUAUCUGGAAGAGGAGGCAAAGAAGAAGCAGAAGAGCAAACUGGCCGAAAAGGCAGAUGUCAAGUGGAAAGAACACGCCGCUUACACCCCGCAAGAGUGCUUCCAGCGCAUCAGCCGGCGCCUGAGGACCACGCUGAAGCGGAGCCGUAUCCCGAUGGGGACCCUGGAGUGCUUCGAAGAUGAGCUAUUGGCCUUUUUCUCGACCAGCCCUCGUUCCGUCUACACGGCAAUGAUGGACAACAGCUUCGAACGGCUUCUCCUUCACGCCGUCUGCCAAUACAUGGACCUCGCUUCUGCCAGUUCUGACUACGAAGGGAAACGCCAGAUGAAAGUUAGCAACAAGCACACCAUCUUCCUGCCUCCGGAUCCGCUUCUUUCGACUUACCUGGAGCAAAUGAGCUGAUGGCGGUUCCGGGUUGUCUUCCGGGGGUCCGCCGCCCCCCCCCCCGCUUUGAAAUUUCUGCUUCCGUUGGCUUUUUAAAAAAGUAUUUAAAGGCAAAUGAGUUUUGGCGGGGGAGGGCAUCUCUCAGCAGAGAUGCUGUUGGAAGAUGCUGUCUGUGGUUGCCUAGCAACCGCCUCCCAGCUCGGGUACCCGGAAGAUUGCAGGCUAGCCGAUGCUUUUCUUACCAGCCCCUCCCUCAGAGUAGGAGCCUCCUGGUCCAUUUCGGAGGCCCCGAUUCUGCCUGGGAAGUCCUGGAUGUGGGGGGCCCCCACCUCCAUCACCCCCAAACCAUGCAGAGCUUCGUUCACGACGAACCCCCAAAAUUGGAACCCCCUCAAAACUGGUGUAAAAGUUUUGCAGUCGGUUUUUGUGGGGUUUUUUUGCAGAGAACCCCCCUUUUUGCCGUGCCCCACAAACAGCCAUAGACCCACAAACCGGGGAGGGGGGUGUCACGGGGUCACCCCCAAACCCAAUGUCAUCAUAGCCGGACUAGGGCAAACGUUUGGUAGUGAAAACGCCCCACGUUUCGCAGCGCCCCAAAAAUGGAGCCAUAGACCCUUAAACUCAUUGGGGUUUUAGGGGGUGGCCCCC